AUGGCAGCCCUUACCACUGGGAGCGACACGACCUUCUUGCAGUGCCAGAAGCAGAUGCCCACCUAUCCAGGCUUGCAGGCGGAACGCUCUCGUCUUCUACUGCAAACCUUCCUCUACCAUCGUCUCACGACCAGCUGCGAUCGUUGGGUACAUGAAAACGAGUACCACAAAACGGCGCUUCAAUUCAUACGCAACAAAGUUGCAGCGAUUCGCGCUCCCCCUUUGCAGCGGCUGACUGAGGAGCAGGCGUUCCUGCGCAUCUACCAACUGCUAGUGGCGUACACCACGUUUGCCCAGCACAUGGCCAACACAAGCCACGGUGUGGCGAGCUGCAGCGGCCACGCCAUUGCGGCAAACAGCAAGCGCAGCGCCGCGGGUGCCGCAACGGCCCUCCAGGUGGCUACCAACAGCCAACGAAACGCCGACCAACUACAGGAGCUCCGCUGCGACGUGCGACUGUCGAGCGCUGCGCACGGCAGCCAGGCACAGUUCGCCGCGGCCGAUGCAAGUGCGGUGGGUCUCAUCCUAGACACGUACGUGGACUGCUCCAAACGCCUGCUGGCCCACUACAGCGUGGCGGUGGGUGUGCAGCAGCUGCUGCACUCAAUGCGUGGGUACCUGCUGCACUUGGUACGCCUCAAGAGCCCUUAUCCGGGCGCCGACAACGCCGAGGCACCAGAGGUCUUCGAGCAAGCCUCGUACUGAGCACCACUUCGUUUAUUCCCCUCGCAAGCAUGGUGACCGGCCAAAGCAGUGACAACCCCAGUCUAGUCAACAGUCGCCGAAAGAAAA